AUGGGUUGGUCGGAGAUGGAGGGGAGGUGCAAGAGGCACCCGAGUCACCGGCAGUCGAAGGGGGUGUGCCCGACGUGCUUGAGAGAGAAGCUCUCGCAGAUCUCCGCUUCCUCUUCGGGGCUCUCCUCGCCGGGGACUUCCUACGACUCCGUCAGCUCCGCCGCAUCCUCCUCCUCGUCCUCCCCUGCCACCGCCCGCCGCGCCAGCGCCGCCGCUAAGAUAACGCUCAUGGUGGGUAAGCCGGAGCCGCUCACGAAGAGCCGUUCUCUGGCCUUCGUCGUCACCGGCGGGAAGAGGGACAAGAAGGGGAAGAGCAAGGAGGAGGAGGAGGAAGAGAAGAGGAAGAAGGCCACUGUUGCUGCGGCGGCGGCGGCGGAGGAGGAGGAGAGAGAAGUGGAAGCACAGAAGGAGGCGACGGCGGCGGCGGCGGCGGCGGCGGCGGCGGCAGAGGUGGAGAAGAAGAAGAAGAGAGGGUUCUGGUCUAGGCUGGCCAUCCCCGGGAAGAAGAAGAGGGAGAAGGACGUCCUCUUCCACUCUAAGACCGUGAGGGAGACGUCUUCCGCCAGAUGGGCAUCCCUCUCUUGA